AAUCACAAUCAACAAAAACACUCAAUACUAAUUUUACAUCAUUUCUUGCGCAAAAAAUUAACACAAUGGCUUCUCAUUCGUUGGAAGUAGAAGCUGGUAGUACUGUCCAUCCACAUCCACUGCCAAUUAGAAAGAGAGAAAGAAGUAUUGAUGUCAAUGAUACUGUUGAAGAGGAUGGCGUUUUCUUGACGUGGAAGGAUUUGUGGGUGAGGGUUCAAAUGGGAAGACGGGGUCAGAGAUCGAUCCUUCAAGGGGUAACCGGGUAUGCUCGACCCGGGGAGAUGUUGGCUAUCAUGGGUCCUUCUGGUUGUGGCAAGUCUACACUUCUUGAUGCACUAGCAGGAAGACUGGAUUCAAACACAAGGCAAUCAGGAGAGAUUCUAGUCAAUUGUCAGAAGCAAGCUUUGGCCUAUGGAACAUCGGCAUAUGUGACUCAAGAUGAUGCUUUGAUCACAACUUUAACUGUUAGAGAAGCCGUCUACUACUCGGCUCAACUCCAGUUACCGGACUCCAUGACUAAGUUAGAGAAGAAGGAGAGAGCAGAGAUGACUAUAAAAGAGAUGGGUCUGCAAGAUGCCAUGGACACUAGGAUAGGAGGCUGGGGAGCUAAAGGCUUAAGUGGUGGUCAAAAGAGGAGAGUGAGCAUCUGCAUAGAAAUGCUAACCCGCCCAAAGCUACUCUUCCUUGACGAGCCAACUAGUGGGCUUGAUAGUGCAGCUUCAUAUUAUGUGAUGAGCAGAAUCGCUAGCCUGGGACAAAGAGAUGGAGUUAGAAGAACUAUCAUUACAUCAAUUCAUCAACCAAGCAGUGAAGUCUUUCAGCUUUUCAACACUCUUUGCCUUCUGUCUUCUGGGAGAACAGUAUACUUUGGUCCUGCUUCAGGAGCAAAUGAGUUCUUUGCUUUGAAUGGAUUUCCUUGCCCAACUCUCAAUAACCCAUCUGAUCAUUUCUUGAAAACCAUAAACAAGGAUUUUGACCAGGAUGUUGAGCAAGGAUUGGGUGCUGGAAUGUCCACAGAGGAAGCAAUUAACACUCUAGUGACGGCUUAUAAAGCAUCUGAAAUUUAUCAACAUGUUAAAAGAGAUGUAUCCAAAAUAUGCAAACAGGAUUAUGGAGAACUGGAGAAGAAAAGAACCCAUGCUGGCUUUUUUACUCAGUGUUUUGUCCUAACCAGAAGGUCUUUCACAAACAUGUAUCGCGAUUUGGGCUACUACUGGUUGCGACUAGUUAUCUAUAUUGCCAUGGCUAUAGGUCUUGGAACUGCUUUUGGCGGACUAGGCGAUAAUUACAACUCAAUUAAGGAUAGAGGUUCACUCUUAGCAUUCAUAUCUACUUUCCUAACAUUCAUGGCCAUCGGCGGAUUCCCUUCUUUUGCGGAGGACAUGAAAGUAUUUCAACGGGAAAGAUUGAAUGGACACUAUGGAGUGACUUCUUUUGUAGUUGGCAAUACUCUCUCUUCCCUGCCAUAUUUGAUCAUCAUUGCCUUGCUUCCUGGUGCAAUAGCUUAUUAUCCUCCAGGGCUUCAACGAGGGUUUGAUCACUUUCUGUACUUCGCUUGUGUUGUAUACGCCUGCAUGAUUCUGGUUGAGAGCAUAAUGAUGGUUGUGGCAAGUAUAGUCCCCAACUUCCUGAUGGGUAUAAUCGCUGGUGCUGGAAUUCAAGGGCUCAUGAUGUUGGGAGGUGGAUUCUUUCGAUUACCCAACGAUCUCCCUGCACCAUUCUGGAAGUACCCUCUUUACUACGUUGCUUUCCAUAGAUACGCCUAUCAAGGAUUGUUCAAGAACGAGUUUGAAGGAUUGUGGUUACCCGACAGUCAAACGGGACAACACCUCGUCGAUGGCAAUGAAAUCUUGAGAACUGUGUGGCAGGUGGAGAUGGGUUACUCGAAAUGGGUUGAUCUUGCAAUCUUGUUGGUAAUGGUGGCGGUUUAUCGACUUCUGUUCUUAGUCAUCAUCAAGAGUUGUGAGAAGUUGAAACCUGUUAUUUCAACUCUCUUGUCUGGUCCACCAAAGCCACAGACGCAGGUUGUGGAGAACCCCAUUAGUACACCAAUAUGGGAAGGAUCUGUAGCAUAGAUUCAAACGGGUUCUCUUCAUCAAUAACGAUAGGAUAUCUGAACGUAGGUAUCCCAGUUAUUUCAAUUGAUGAGUUGUAUACAUAUGAUUUCAUGUGAACAUGUGGAACCCACGAAUUCACCUGUAUCUUGUGCGUCAAAUUCAACAGCUGGGAUACGAUGUGCUGCAGCGAUGUUUAUCAUUUUUCGUUUCUGCAUAUAUAGAGUAGAUUGAAGAUCCUAUCUAAAAAUAAUAUUGGCUAAUCCUUCAAAGCCACAGUUUGAUCUCUGUAUCUUUAUGUACUGAUUAUCAUGUAUUUAUGAGUAUAUUAUGUAUAUCAAUGAAAAUGCCAAGGCAACUUUGAUAAAA